AUGCUUCUCCAAUCCCUCUACCCAAGUCAACCUGCACGAACACGGAUGGCAUUACAGCGCAACAAUACAUUCACCCCCGAUUCUCGCUAUGGAUCCCCGUUUCCGACACCAGAGUCCGAGUGGUCUGAGCACCUUCGCCAGCUCUCGCGUGAUGCUAAGAGCAGGCCGGCUCCCGUGCGUACUUCCCUCCAAGCCUUCCAUGCCACGCAGACCCUCAUGUACCCUCAUCCUCCGCAGCGCAUAUUGAAGAAAGUUCCUUCCAGUCAAGAGCUAUCUGCCCCUCACUGUCUCAUCCCACCAACCACCACCAGGCGCCCCAGGCUCCUUCGUCUACACCACAGUAUGUCCUCUAUAGGACGAUCCUUCGGCCUUCACGCGCAUAUAGAUGUCUCCACGAAGGAGAAUAUUGCCCCGACACGCGAAGUAGAUGUCAUUACGAAUCCAAUUGAAACGCCAACAGACCCUGUCGAUGCCACGGCGGAGAAGAAACAGACGGACAAGCGUGUCCGGUUCAAAGACUUGGCAGAUCUCUCAAACAGCCUAGCCACGCCUGGUUCUGGAGCAUCGCCCUCACGAGACGAAGGUCCCUCAUCCCGUCAAACAGCGCACAUUAUGUCCUUACACUGUGCAAGCACUAGCAUGCUUCGCUUCGGCAUCUCCUGCGACGCAGGGCGUUCCAAAGGCUGUUCAACAUCGUUCACCUACGCUCUAUGGAUCCUUGCGAUGCCAUCAUCCUCACCAUCGACAUACAGUUAUGUGUUGACCGAGUCGACACGGGACAUCCUCGAUCUUCUUGCGCACGAAGCCAGGGACAGGUCGACCCUGUUGAAUGAUGUGACGGGUACAUCAGGGAUUGGUCUGUUCGGAGUAAUGGCUCUGAGGUAG